AUGAAAGGUUAGUAGAAUUUCAAAAUUAUUUGUUAAAGAGUUUAGUGUGAUGAUAAAUAAUUAGAGUAAAUUAAUCAAAUUGAAAACAAUCCUUAUUUAGUUAGAGAAUAAUAAAUGGAAGAUGGAUUUAUCUAACAUAAAAUUCCUUAUGAUGAAUGUAUUUGUUUAAAUGAUUUAAUUGAUGCAAUUGUAUUUAUUAUAUUUAUUUAGAAAUUCAAUUAUAUAGUCAUCUAUAAAGGAUAAGCUAUUUUAAUUAUUAAAGCCAUUUUAUAGCAUUUAAUUAAAAUGGGUGAUAAAAAAUUAUGCCAUUAUUAAUUAAAAUUAAACAAUGUUUUUAUUUAAUUAAAGCCAGAAUCCAAUAAAUUUACUACAUAUUAAUCAAUUAUUCAAAUUGAUAAAAUAUUUUUAGUUUAAUAUUUAAUUGUCUAAGAUCCAUAAAAAUAUGAAUUAAAUUUUACAUAAGAUGUAAAGGAUUUUAAAAAAAUAAUUAAUCAAUUAUUGGAACACUAUAAAGAUUAAAACUUUAAUAUUUUGAUAAAAUAAGUAUAAGAUCUAAAAGAUUUUAAUAAUAUAAAAGCAUUCAAAUAAAUAAAUGAUAUACUUGAUUAAUUCAUAUAAAAGUAAAUAUAUAUAUUUUAAUUAAGUCAUGUUGAUGUCGAGAAUUAAAUAAUGAAAGUUAAUGAACUUGAAAAUUAUAAUAAAAUUAUUAAGUAAAGAUAUUAUUGUGAAACAGAAUUACUUAUUUAAUUAAAUGAUAUUUAAAAAAUAUAGAUUUAAUUUGGAGAAUAAAUUUUUGAUGAUUUUGAAAAAGAAAAGUAGGAAAAUGAAACUCUUAAAGAAUCAGAAAAAUUAUAAUAGUAUAUUCUUAGUCAUUUUUAACCUUAUUUUGUUAAAUAAUUUUAAAAGUAUUAUGGAGAUAAAUUAUAAAAUUCUUAUUUAUUAAAUGGAAUUUCAAAAAAAUAAUAUAAUGAAUUAUUAUAAUUCAUAGAAAAAGAUAAAUAAAGAGCAACUAGAUCAUUUGAGGCAGUUAAGAAAGUUAUUGACGAUUGUUUUUCUUAAUCAUAAUAGAUUAAAAUAGAAAUAUUUAAUGAUUUUAAAUUUGAUGUUGAUGAUUUGCCUAAAAGUGAAAUUAUGAAUUAAUUUUAUAAGUUUUAUAUUAAGAAUUCAUUAGAUCAUGAUUUGACAUAAGAGGAAUAAUAUAAAUUAGUCAAUCAAAAAGUAUUAGAAGAUGUUAAAUUAUAUAUUUAAGAACAAUAUGAAAUGGCAAAUACAUUUCAAAUACUUAAAUUAAUAGGCGAAUUAAUAUGA